UGUACAUGUGAAGUGGAUAUAGAGUGAUUUGAGAUUGGUCCUGAGCAGCUGCCGUCAGCAGCUACAGAGUGUUGAUCAGUUGAAGUGUAGUUUUCUCCUGUAGGUUUUCUGUGGAGCGACAGUAGGAGCACAGAAUCAUGAUGGCAGGCAGGACGAUGCAAGCAGCGCGAUGUCCGACUGACGAACUCUCUCUGACCAACUGUGUGGUGGCACAUGAGAAGGACUUUACAUCAGGACAACAUGUGAUGAUCAGGACCACGCCCACUCAUAAGUAUGUGUUCACCGUGAGGACGCAUCCCAGCGUGGUGCCUGGAACCCUUGCCUUUAGCUUACCGCAGAGGAAAUGGGCGGGUCUGUCUCUCAAUCAAGACGUCGAAGUCAGCAUUUAUAACUUCGACCCGUCCAAGCAGUACAUCGGAACCAUGACUCUGGAAAUCGACUUCCUGCAGAAGAAGAACGCAGACUGCAACUCUUACGACUCGGACAAGAUGGCUGUGGAAUUCAUCCAGAACUUUAUUUCCCAGGCGUUCUGCGUGAGCCAGCAGUUCGUGUUUAGUUUCUCGGACAAGGUCUUUUUGCUAAUAGUUAAAGGCUUUGAGCCGAUGGACCCCAGCAUUCUGAAGGGUGAGCAGAGCUCCAGCAAGAAAAGCAAGAUCGAGGUGGGUUUAUUACAUGGUAACAGUCAGGUGAUUUUCGAGAAGGCGGAGAGCUGCUCCAUCAACCUGAUCGGCAGGGCGAAGUCGAGAGGUACACGUCAGUCCAUCAUUAACCCCGACUGGAAUUUUGAGCGCAUGGGAAUUGGAGGCCUGGACAAGGAAUUCUCAGCCAUCUUCCGCCGGGCCUUCGCUUCUCGGGUUUUCCCUCCGGAAAUCGUCGAGCAGAUGGGCUGUAAGCAUGUUAAAGGUAUUCUGCUCUUCGGACCUCCUGGUUGUGGUAAGACCCUGAUGGCACGUCAGAUUGGGAAGAUGCUGAACGCUCGAGAGCCCAAAGUCGUCAACGGCCCUGAGGUCCUCAACAAAUACGUCGGCGAGUCGGAGGCCAACAUCAGGAAACUGUUCGCUGAUGCAGAAGACGAGCAGAAAAGGCUGGGAGCCAACAGCGGCCUCCACAUCAUCAUCUUCGACGAGAUCGACGCCAUCUGUAAGCAGCGAGGCAGCAUGGCGGGCAGCAGCGGCGUCCACGACACGGUCGUCAACCAGCUCCUGUCCAAGAUCGACGGCGUCGAGCAGCUCAACAACAUCCUGGUCAUAGGCAUGACGAAUCGACCCGACCUGAUCGAUGAAGCGCUCCUCAGACCUGGAAGAAUGGAGGUGAAGAUGGAGAUCGGUCUGCCGGACGAGUCAGGCCGUCUCCAGAUCCUGAACAUCCACACAGCCAAAAUGCGGCAGGCCAAAAUCCUGUCGUCCGACGUGGAAAUUAAGGAGCUGGCCAUGGAGACCAAGAACUACAGCGGGGCAGAGUUAGAGGGACUCGUCCGAGCGGCGCAGUCCACCGCAAUGAACCGUCACAUCAAGGCCAGUAAUCAGGUGGAGGUUGAUACUGAGAGAGCUCAGUCCCUGCAGGUCAGCCGGAGUGACUUCUGGGCGGCUCUGAAUAAUGACAUCAAACCUGCGUUCGGCACCAAUCAGGAGGAUUACUCCAGCUACAUCCUGAACGGCAUCGUGAAGUGGAGUAACGGCGUGUCGGACAUCCUGGGAGACGGAGAGCUGCUGGUGCAGCAAACCAAAAACAGCGAACGCACACCUCUAGUGACCGUGCUGCUGGAGGGUCCACCUCACAGCGGGAAAACCGCCCUGGCGGCUAAAAUUGCUGAGGAGUCUCAGUUCCCCUUCAUCAAAAUCUGCUCUCCAGACAAGAUGAUCGGCCACUCGGAGAUCGCUAAGUGCCAGGCCAUCAAAAAGAUCUUUGAUGACGCCUACAAGUCUCAGCUGAGCUGCGUGGUGGUGGAUGAUAUUGAGCGCCUCCUUGAUUUUGUUCCAAUCGGACCACGUUUCUCGAACUCUGUUCUGCAGACCCUGCUGGUGCUGCUGAAGAAGGUGCCUCCUAGUGGUCGUAAGCUGCUGAUCCUGGGUACCACCAGCCGUAAGGACGUGCUGCAGGAGAUGGGAAUGCUGGACGCCUUCAGCACCAAAAUCCACAUCCCCAACAUCUCCAGAGGAGAACAUCUGGUUGAGGCGCUGGAGCUGCUGGGAGGCUUCCAGGAAGACGAACGUAUGCAGAUCUCUAAGGAAGUGAAAGGCAAAGGGGUGUGGCUCGGCAUUAAGAAGCUUCAGAUGCUCAUUGAGAUGGCCCUGCAGAUGCCAAAUCAGUACCGAGUUAAGAAGUUUAUUGCUCUGCUGACAGAAGAGGGCGCACUGGGCUCUGAUAAGCACAUGGUCUCAUAAAGCGCCACAGGCAGGGCAUAGCCACACACUCGCAGGCUUCACGGGUGCUGUGGAAUUGCUGCCAUCCAAACCGACCUCUGCUCCACUGAACACUGCGCACACACACACACACACACACACACACACACACACACACACACACACACACCCUGCAUUGAUCAGUGGAAAAAAAUGGCCAACACUCUUAUUGCAACUGGAAUUUUGUGCGUGCGUGUGUGUGUGUUGUUUAGCAUGUAAAUGCUUACAUUAUGCAUUAAACAUUCCUCCUUAGUCUAAUAUACAAGCCUAAGUUUUAUAUAAAAUAAAAACACAUUUAGUUCUCAUUUGUUUUGGUGAAGGAUCUAAAUUCUUCUCUUUUUACCUCCACGUGGGCUCUUGAGAUCAAGCCAUAUUCUCAUCACGUUAUCCCCAAACGUCUACAGUAGAGAGUAGAGUCGAUCCUGGAUGUAAGCCCACGUGUAGAACACUUUCCGGGCGCGUGUGCGCUGCGUUCAUUCGAUUUAUUUAUUUUUUGGUUUUUUUGGAAAAUGUAAAAUAAACGAUAGAACUGGGUUUUAUGCAAA